CCGUGACCCUCGCCCCACAGGGCUUUCGCCAAGCGGCAGCAGCAGCUGACGGCCAUGAAGGUCCUGCAGAGGAACUGCGCCGCCUACCUCAAGCUGCCCCUCUGGCAGUGAUGGCGGCUCUUCACCAAGGGGUGAAGCAUCACCUCCUUCCAGCCUGACCCAGACAAGGAGCUGAGGGCGAUCUCUGAGACCCAGCUGCUGCCAUCAUGAACUCAGAAGACCUUAGGGAAAGCUCAGAGAGUGAAAACUUUUUUGAGGAUAUCAUUCAGUAUUUGCAGGACACAGUGAGCAGAGAACAGCUGGAACUCCUGCUCACUGAAGAGGAAGCCUGGGAGAGUUUUGUGGCUGAGGCUGAUUUGUCCAGGGAAGAGACAGAUGCCAUACAUGAAUAUCUGCUGGAGCUGAAAACAGACUUGGUAGAGGAGGACCAACACAGGCCACAAAAGGACCAGCUGGACAGGAAGCGGUUUUUGGAGGAAUUUCCUCGGGUGAAACAGGAGCUGGAGGACAGCAUAGCAAAGCUCCAUGCGCUGGCAGACAAGGUCGACAAGGUGCACAGGGACUGCACCAUCUCCAGCGUGGUGGCCAACUCUGCCGGCGCUGUGUCUGGCGUCCUGACCAUCCUUGGCCUGGCUCUGGCACCCGUGACAGCAGGCAUCAGUCUGGGACUCUCAGCCACUGGGUUAGGGCUGGGAGCAGCGGCUGCUGUGACCAGCGUGUCCACCAGCAUCGUGGAACACGUAAGCAGAUCAUCAGCAGAAACUGAAGCCAGUCGCCUUGUGCCAACAGCUAUCAUUGAAGAGGGGGCGUUUGCAGAGGUUUUACAGAAAAGCACACCCCAGAUUGUUUCCUCUACAAAGAACUUCAUCCAAGCCUUGCAAGGCAUUGGGAAAAAUGUUCGUGCCAUCAAGCUGGCCAAAGUCAACCCUCGCUUAGCGUCCCACGCGAAGCGCUUCAUGACUACGGGGCGAGUCUCCGCCCAAAGCGGCAAGCAGGUGCAGAGAGCAUUUGGAGGAACAGCUCUGGCAAUGACCAAAGGCGCCCGGAUCAUGGGUGCAGCCACGGCAGGUGUUGCCCUCCUGAUGGAUGUGGCCUUACUGGUGAAAGAGGCAAAGCACUUGCAUGAAGGGGCAAAGACAGAGUCAGCACAAAGGAUGAGGCAGCUGGCCGCGGAGCUGCAGAAGAAGUUGGAAGAGCUCACCCGGAGCUAUGAGAGUCUGUAGGAGGGCUGGACUUGGCCCCUGCCAGGGCAGUGUAGGGAGCCAAGAGAAGAAGGCACCUUGUUAGGGGGGAAGCAAGACAGAGGGGGAAACUGGGCUGGUCUCCUGACUUGUUUUAGGCUAUUGCCUGGACUAUGCCAUUUUCCCAAAGGAAGAGAAAACCUUAAAUCCUCUUGUAUUCAGAACAUGUCAUUUUCUUCCCUAAAUUCUCCCUCUUGGCUCAAGGUGAGUCACAAAGCUUCAAGUACCACUGUUCAAAAAGUAUUUUUUUAAAAAAUACAGAAUAAGUGUCACCAAUUUGUUCAUGUCUCUAGAUCUGCUUCCUCUGCAUUUAUUUUUAAAAAGCUUAAUAGGAAACCAACACCUUUUUAUUUGCCCAACAGUGACAUGAUCAGGGAGCCCAGUUCAUGACACCAGCCCUGACCUCUUGCUCUGUCUGUCCUUUGUUGGCAGGUAGAGGGGAGAGGCUGUGACAUAGCAUCACGUAUGACCUCUCUCACUCUGAUUUCUGCCUCCCUCCAUGGUGCCCCUCUGAGCAUUUCACCAAAGAUCUACAUCACCUCAAGGGGACCCCAGGCAGAAAACAAACAGAACUUUCUAGCUUCUGUGUUAUUGAGUUUUCUAAAUUGAAGUAUGGUUGAUUUCCAAGAUCAUGUUAGUUUCAGGUAUAUAGUACAGUGAUUCUGUUAUGUAUAUA